UAAGAAUUGAUUGGUCAGAUUUCUUGUUAGCAAAAAUACUUUGUGUCAACUAUAAACAAUCCAAAGAAAAUGAUUUACAACAUCAGUUUGUUUCUUUUAUUUUGUGUUUUUGGUACUACGACCGCUCAAUUACGAUGUUACGCAUGCAGUUUUUCUUCGGUGGACUCGGAUCAGUCCUGUCUGACGAUAACAAACUCCACGCCCUCUGUUGACUGCCGCUUUACAUAUUGCACAAUAAUGCGUCAAGAAUUCAUAGACCCAAUCGGAGUUGUCGCAAGUUUUACACGGGGUUGUGAAGAAUCACCAGAUUUUCUAAAUCAUGAAGUUGUUGAUCCAACGUUUAAAACGUACUAUCGCGCCUGCACCAAUGAUCUUUGUAAUAUUGGCAACGGAAUCCAGUCAGUCGUCGGUGGCAGUCUGUCUCCGACACCAGAAUAUAGUGGAGUAAAUCUACUCGUACCAGGUACUGGGAAAGGAAUAAUUUUACAAAAUAAUUUUUUCUUACUGAUAAUGACAUUGUCUGUGUAUUUAAUAAAUGCCUGA